UUUUUAUAAAAAGGCUUGCGUCUUGAAUAUUUGGCUUUAUUCUUUGAGAAAUGUAUAAGUUUCUCCUUUUAGCUGCUGUGCUUGCAAUUGCCUACGGGCAGGAUCGUCCAAUUGUGACAAUUCCCCAAGGUCAACUUCAGGGAAUAAGAACAUCGUCGGGUAUUACUCAAGCUACAUACCUUGCAUUCAAAGGAAUUCCUUAUGCAGAACCACCAGUUGGUGCCUUGAGAUUUAGAAAUCCCGUUGCUCAUCGUGGAUGGAGUGGAGUACGUGAUGCUUCGGCACAUGGAAAUUCAUGUCCAAGUUCUGGAUGGUUUGGAUUGGAGGCAGGCGGUGGAGAAGAUUGUUUGUUCCUUAAUGUUUAUACACAAUCAUUGACUGCCAAUAGACCCGUUAUGAUACACGGUGGUUCCUUUACUGGCGGUAGUGGUGAUAGCUUCAUUUAUGGACCAGAUUUUUUCAUUAACGACGGAAACGUUGUUGUUGUUACCAUAAAUUAUCGUCUUGGAGUGUUGGGCUUCCUUUCAACUGGAGAUGCUGCUGCUCAAGGAAAUUGGGGCAUGAAAGACAUGAUUACAGCUUUACAAUGGGUCAGAAAUAAUAUCGCAAGCUUCGGUGGAAAUGUCAAUCAAAUUACAGUUUUUGGUGAAAGUGCUGGCUCAGUCGGUGUUCAUUAUCUUCUCUUGACAAGACUUGGCACUGGACUCUUCAAUCGCGCGAUCAUGCAGUCAGGUGUUACAGUGGCACCAUGGGGCUUCCAGCCAAAUCCACUGAGUGAAGCAACAAAUCUUGGACGUAGAUUGGGACUUACUUGGUCAUCAACAACUGAUCUUGUCAAUCAAUUGAGAAAUAUUCCACCCCAAAGACUUGUUGAUAAUCAAGGUGGAUGGCUUGACUUGACAAUUCCACGUGGAUUCUCACCAUUUGAAUUCGUACCAAAUGUAGAACCAGCAAAUUCACCUGAAAGUCGAUUCCUUACUGAUACACCAGUCAAUAUUAUGAAUCGUGGUGAUAUCCUUACAAUGCCAAUCAUCAUUGGAUUCAUGUCUGUCGAAAGUUUGUUCAUGGUUCGUGAACAUUUGUUUGAUGACACAACUUUAGCUCAAUUUGCAACAAAUCCACACUUCUACGUACAUCCAUCAUUCAACCUUGCUCCAACUCAAACAACACAGGUUAAUGAAGUCGCAACGACAAUGAGAAAUAUGUACUUUAAUGGCGGUCAUCCAACUAUGGAAACUCGCUUCAAUUAUUCGCAAUUUAUGAGCGAUCACCAUUUCGCAUACUCAAUCGAUCGAUGUGUUCGUUAUCAUGCAAGACGUCAGACUCAACCAAUCUACUAUUAUAAAUUCGACUUUGAUGGUUCAUUAAAUAUGAUUAAGAGAUUAUUGCUUUUGACGGACUGGCCUGGUGCAGUUCAUGCUGAUGACAUUUUCUACAUGUUUGACGUUACACGCUUCCCACUUCCAAUGCUCCCAACAAAUGCUGCUGCCUUGACAAGACGCAGAAUGGUCAGAAUGUGGACAAACUUUGCAAACUUUGGAGAUCCAACACCAGUCACUGACUCAUUGAUUCCAACCAGAUGGAGCCGUUAUACAUUGGCUAAUGAAGAAUAUUUGGACAUUAAUGAAGGCUUGUCUGUUAGAAGUGCACCUUAUGAUGGUAGACUUCAUCCAUGGCAUUCUUUCCAAGAUAGAUUUAAUCCAUCUUAUCUUAGUUAAGUUUUUGAGAGUUCAAAGGAAAUGACUUAUGAGAUAUUUGAUAUUGUUCCUUAAUUUACAAUAAACAGCUGCAAAUAUUUAAAAAAAUA